CCUUUACAGUUAACAAAAUGAAGUGGAUAUUAACGUUGUUGUUCAUCUGCCUGACAUCGGAGUUAGUCAGCUCUGAAACAAAUUUGCCGCCUGUAUUUACACAGACCCUAAAUAAUAUAGUGUUGUACGAGAAUGUGCCCGUGGGUACAGUGGUCUUUCAGCUAGAGGGGUACGAUCCAGAAGGCAGCAAUGUCACAUUCAGUUCGAUUGGAUCGGAUCACUUCAGUGUGGAUGCAGUUUCGGGAAAUAUAACACUAGUCAAGCCCUUGGAUCGCGAGGAAACGGAUAGUUUGACAUUUUUAGUAUCGAUCAGGGAUCGUGUGGAUCCAGCUGGGGAAUCUGAGCAGGAUAAUGUUGUGCAACAACCCAUUACAUUCAUCAUCCUCGAUGAGAACGAUAAUCCACCAGAGUUCCAAGAUACGCCAUAUGAGGCGGAUGUCAACGAGGAUGCAGCUGUGGGCACAACGAUUUUCAAUAAGAUAUUGGUCAAGGAUCGGGACACUAUCGGUGACAGCCUGGAUCUCAAAUGUCUGCCACAACAGCAAAGUCCAGAAGCAUGCAGCAAGUAAGUUCAUAUCAAAGACUAA